AUGUCAGCAUCAUUGGCACAGUAUGGGCCUGGAUCGACCAUUACAGUGCAUGUUAACUAUGCUCGGGACUUGUAUGAUACUGAGCUCUUCGGGGCCAUGGACCCCUACUGCCUUGUCAUAUUAGGAGCACUCCAGUACCGUACAGAGACGAAGAAGAAUGCGGGCAAAUACCCUACGUGGAAUCAGCUGUUCAGCUUUCAUUAUAAUAACGAAACUGUCCUACGUUUUGUGGUCUUUGAUAAGGACACGAUAUCGUCGGAUGACACUGUGGGGGAGGCGGUGGUCUCUCUAGUGGCAAUAGCAGACAAGGGAGGGGACUGGACAGGGGACUUGCAACUGUAUCGGAAGAAGAACAAAUCCGCUGGGGCCAUCAAUGUUAGGAUACAGAUGACGCCCAGUGGUGGGUAUAAACCUGUAGUGCAAGCCCAGCCUAUUGUGGCUGCACAAGCCAAGCCCAUAGUUGCUCAGCAGGCGACGGUACUACCUACAUCCAUUACUCUCAACUGA